UGUUGAAGAAAUUUAAAGUUAUUUUUGAAAAAUAUGCUUUGAGUUAUGGCAGCAACUUUUCUACUUUUAACAGUGCCCAGUUGCUGCUGAAACAAAAAAAACAAAGCGAAGCUGCAAAAGUGUUGCUCAAUAGUGAGAAAAUAAAACUGUGAUAAGGACGAAAAACAACAAAACAAAACUAAGCGGCAAUUAAAAGUGAGAUAAUAUACAAUUUUAAUAAAAGUAAAAACCAGCAGCGGCAAAUUAAAAAGCAAGCGUCGUCGCCAAAUGCAACUGCAACAGCAACAGCAACAGCAGCAGCAGCAGCACUAAAAGUAAUUAGCGACAGCAAUAGAAGAGGGAGAGAGCAAUAAAAGUAAAGAGCGCAAAUAAAACAAAUGAUGUUGCAAUCUUUGAAAUUGCGCGCGGAUAAACUAAGCGGCAUUCCAACAGCAACAGCAACAGCAACAACUGGCGAGCUAACAGCAGCAGCAACAGUAAUAGACACAACAACAACAACAGCAACAGCAGCAGACAUUGCAGCAGCAACAACAACAAAAAUGCUAACAACGGCACCUGUUGCCCAUGUUGCUAAUGGUAUGGCCAACGGCAGCAGCAGUCUCUAUAGCGCCAGCAACAAUUUAAAUAGCAAUAACAAUAACAACUUGCAACAGCCAGCAGCAGCAGCAGCAACAGCCGUAGCGGCGGCAGCAGCAACUGGCGCAAUAGCAACAACAACAACUUUUACAGGUGCUGCUAAAAGUUUUCAUCCAUAUUUGCGGCCCAGCAGCAAUCUAAGCGCAGCAGCAGCAGCGACGCCAACAGCAGCAACAACAACAAUGACCAAAACUGCUGCUGCCGCUGCUGCUGCUGCUGCUGGCAUUGGCAUGCCAACAACAUUGUUUGAAACACUUUUACACAACCAAAUAAAUUCCAAUGCUGUUGCCAUUGCUACCACGCCCACAGCAACACCCACACUAGCAGCAGCAGCAGCAGCGCCAGCAACAGCAGCAACAACUAUAGAGACAGCAGCAGCAGCAGCCGAAACCACAGCGGCGGCAACAGCUGCUGCUGCUGCAGCUGCGACGCUGCUAAAUUCCAGCAUUAAUUCCAGAACUUCAUUAGCUGACCAAAGCGUCGCUGCUCCCGCUGCAAAUUGGUGA